AUGUUGAGAUUAAUAACCCGUCAAGUGUUGAGAACGACAGUUCCAAGGACAUCGUUUGUUCGACUGGCAUCUACUAGUGCCCCGAAUACCGAAACAACAUCUUCCACUAAGAAAACUAUCACAUCUAUUGCCCCGGCCGGAACUAAGCUCAAGGGUCUCAAUAUCAAGAAGGGAGGUGAAGACCCCAUUGCUCUCGCUGAAAACGAGUAUCCUGAAUGGCUCUGGGAGCUAUUAGAUCCUGCCGCUCAGAAGGCGAAACUAGAAAGUGAUGCUGGAAGGCAAGCUCGCAAGGAGCGUAGAUCCGCCAACCGUCAAAAGAUUAAAAUGAACAACUUCCUUGCUGGUAUGAAGAAUUAG